UAUGAUGUUAUCAGUAGUGAGCAUUGCUGUAUGUUAGAGGUAAUCUAUUAAGCAUUUUACAUGUGUGUUAUAUUUGAUGAAAGAGUUUUGUGGUGAAUAGGUUUAACCCACAUUGGCAUGCGGUAUGAAAACAUGAUGAGGGAGUGUAGACUCAAAGAGUUUGAUUACGAAACGUCCAUGAAAAAGCAGAAGUGAGCAGGAAAUCAGAUGUCAGUGAUGACAUACUUUAUGAGUUACACUCGCCUGUCUUCUGUUUCCUCUCUGUGCUUUGCAGCCCAACUCAAAAAUGAGCGACUAUGUGCAUAUUCUGCUUCGUGUGAUCGGUCUGCUUCAUUUUGCCCCUUGUACACAGACCACUGAACCUUUUUAUGACAUCACAGACCCAGCGUUUAUCGAGGAGUGCGUCAAAGAACACAACAGACACAGAGCCAAUGUGAAACCUUCUUCCAGCAACAUGAGAUACAUGACAUGGGAUGAGGGUUUGGCGAUAAGCGCACGGGCAUGGGCGAGCAAUUGCAUCUUUGAGCAUAACCCUCAUCUUCAGCAGCCGGGCAGAAUGCAUCCCAUCUUUACACCUGUGGGUGAAAAUAUCUGGGCCGGUGCCCCGUAUGGAAGUUUCAAAGUGCAGUCUGCUAUAAAGUUAUGGGUGGAUGAAGACCAAUAUUAUAACUAUGAUAGCAAUGCGUGCUCAAACGUAUGCGGCCACUAUACACAGGUUGUCUGGGCGGACACUUACAAAGUUGGUUGUGCUGCACAAGCAUGUCAGAAGGGUGUUGCUAAAACAACUUUUUCAACAGUUUCUGGAAUUAUAUUUGUGUGCAACUACGCAUCAGCAGGAAAUUAUGCCGGUGCGUCUCCAUACAAAAAGGGCACAUCAUGCAGCCAUUGCGGCACAGAGACGUGUGAAAAUAACCUCUGUCGCAACUCAACACGGGAUAUCCUGAAGAGGUAUAAUUGGAGGCCGGACUGGGACCCUGCACUCUCCACAUGUGGUUCAUUCUGUGCAUCUCUUCUUGUUAUCAGACCUGUGUCCAUUGUGUUAAUAUUUAUCAGUGUUUUCUGCCUGCAGCGUUUUUAUCCAAAUCUAUUUAUAUAUGAGUAAAAGCAGCAGCUUCCCCAAAUUAACCUUUCAGUUCUCCUUUUGUUUGCUUGUACAUUAUUGCAAUCCAUUACAUUCAAAAACCGAUAAAGAAAAACAUUAUAAAUGUAGUUAGGGAGAAAUCGUUUGUGCAACAUAUUGGGUAAGACGACCUCAAAACUUUUAACAUUUCCUUUGAAAUACUACAAAAUAUAGUGUGAAACAAUCCAAAUU